AUGAAUUUGAGAGAUGCACAAGGUCGAUGCCCAGCAGACAAUGUUAUUAUUGUUCCACAUGUGCAGAUUACAACGAAUGAAUCGCAUUUAUAUAAUCGUGCAAUUAGUUCGGGAAGUGGUAUACUUGCAGAUUUGCAAAGGGCAACGAUAGCAACUCAAGCAUUCUAUGCUGAUACUAAAGAGCAGACAAAAACGCGAUCACCAUGGAUUUUGAAAAGAUUGUACGAAUGGUCACAUCGAGCAAAAAGACGUGAAAUUACCAAACAUGUUGAAGCAGCGCUUGAAAAUGCUGUCGAUCGAGAAUUCGACGAUGAAGAACUUCAAAAAUUAAUGCCAAUUACCUGUGAAGAAAUGUUUAAAAUAACAGCAAAUAUGUUACCAAAUGAUCAAAAACGAUUUCAAAGCGUUUGGGAAUUAUUUCAUAGCGAACUUAUCUUCCUUAAUAAACAACUUCUUGUUUUAAGAAAUGUCUAUAGAGAGCCGAUGAAACGAUGUCAAGUCGAAGGAUAUCUUUUAAGUAUAGAACCAGAUCUUUUAUUUGGUAAUUUAGAUCAGCUUUGCAGAACAAGUCGAGGAUUUUGUCAUCUUUUCUUAAAGCUAUUAAAAAAAUUAAAAGAAAAUGAUGGAAAUUUCACCACUACGGAUCUCAUUGUUCAACUUUUUGAAAAGUUUUCCAAAGGACCAUCGACAAUAUCGGCAUAUCAAGCAUAUUGUAUAAAUUAUAAAGCAACAAUGGAAUAUUUAGGAUCGAUUCGACAAAAAGAGGAGAGAUUCAAUGAAUUUGAGCGAAUUUGUUUAUUAGAUCCUCGUUGUGAACGUUUACAACUUGAAGAUUUACUUAUAGCUCCACUUCAACGAAUAACCAGGUUACCUAUAUUAUUACGAGAAGUUCUCAAAUAUACGGAAGACGACGAUAAGGAACGAAUUGAAAAAGUCAUAGAAUCUAUGAACGAGUCGUUAAGAUCUAUCGAUGAUUCGGUGCAAUGGUUGCAUAAUUUCGAACGACUACAACAAUUACAAAAUCAAGUUAUUUGGCCAUCAAUUAUUGAGAUGGAGCCACGCACUUAUAUUCCAGAUUUCCUCAAAGUUGCACUAUCGCGACAAUUCUGCGAGCAUCUUUUGGCUCAUCCAAGACGGAAACUAAUUCACGAGGGGCAUCUCGAACUUGUUGAAAAUGGUCGAGUUUCGGACUGUUAUGCAUUUCUUUUUAAUGAUAUGUUUGUGCUAACGAAAAUAAGGAAAUGUGCAAAAAUUAAGAAAGGUGCCAAUCAGGGAUCGGCAAGGAUGGAACAUUACGUUGUUCAUAAGCAACCAGUUCCAUUAGAUUCUUGUGUUUUUUGCGAUGCCGAUUCAAAUGAUUCUGAAUCGUCUAUUUCGUUAAAAUUCGCAUUUGUAAUAAUUCACUUAACUCGGUAUUAUCAAGUCGUUUCAAUUUAUACUCUACAGGCAGCUGAUAAGAGUGAUAAAGAGUUAUGGAUCGAAAGGUUUCAAGAAUCCAUCGAAAACUAUGAAUCUAUUCAACUAAAGGAUAUGUUAAAAUGUACGCCAUUAUUUUCAAGUUUAUCAUUAAGACGAUGUUCAAGUUCGAGACUUUUGCCUUCAACAAAUAAUACCGAUUAUAGUAAUCGACCAGAUCUUUUACAAGAGAUAGAAAAUGGUGGCGAGUAA